GAAUUACUAAUCAGUCUACGAGUCUUUUCAGUCAAGUCUGUCGUGUUGUAUCGUGAGUGCAGUCACAGAGUGUUUAGAAUCGUUCCCAGAUGUGUGUUUGUUGAAUCGCCACCUCACUUGAACAGUUGGUGUCGCCCAGUUGUGCUGAACGGUCAAACUUGGCAAUUGUGUGCUAUCGCGUACGAGGAACAAUAUAACUAUCAUCUCAACGGCAAAUCAGUGAAAGUGAUUGGAAUAUUACUUUGACCCCAAUCGUAAUUGGAAGUAAUUUUGAGAGGGACAAAAGCCAAAAUGAGUCAAAGCGCAGAAAAUUCAUCCACGAGCACCAUCACCACCCAAUCCAAUGGAACAUCGAAGCAUCACCAGGACAAAUCCGAUGCAUCAUCGGAGACAGAGAGUUUAAUGGCCAUGAACGAGAAUCAGAGUCUUCUGCCGCAUUUGGAGUCAUUUGAUCGCAUGAUGAAACUUCCGGUUGUGGAAGCCGCAUGGAAUCAGAGUCAAGAUGUCUAUGGAAAGGUCAAAGGUUCCAACGCAAUGUUUAAUUGGGCCUUUAAUACGGCCGAGGAUGCUCUUCGCGGUGCCAUUCACAUAACAGCUCCAUUUGUACAGAAGUUCGAUCGUCCAAUUCAUCUUGUUGACCAGACACUCGUCAGGGGAAUUGACAAGCUCGAAGUGAAGGCACCAAUCAUCAAAGAGCCACCCCAGGAAAUCUACAAUCAGGCCAAGUCAAAGGUGAUCGAACGAGUGCAGCCUCAUCUCAAUAAAGUGUGCUCACUUCGGAGUGCUGGUCAGCAAAAGGCAGCAUCGCUCAAGGAGUUAUCAUGGGCCAAAGCCAACGAGGUUCUCGCCACGCAGUAUGGAAGCAUGGCAGUGUCAGGAGUUGAUACCACAGCCACUCUAGCUGAGCGCCUCUUGGAUUACUACUUCCCCAGGGCGGAAAGUGACGUUGAAGAUGAUAACGCUCCAAUUGCGGCUACGGAAGAUCCUGUACUCCACACCGUCCAGACAGUCGGACGUCUGUCGAACAAAAUUGCCAGGAGAGUGUACCGCACUGUGUCCCGUCAGGUGAAGCAGCUGAAGAAGGAAGAUGUCCAUGAGUACGUGGCAUCGCUCAUUGCUGUGCUCCGCCUAACGCAGUAUUUGAAUUUCAUCAACGAGAAGAUGACAUCGAUACAGAAUGCUGCGAGCACAAGUAAGGCCAGCAAUGGCCAGCAAAAGAUGAUAAAAGAUAAGGAGUAGGAAAUGAAAAGAAGAGACAUACGGAGUCACCUUUAGUACUAAGCAUCACAGAAACUUAUAAUUUUGUCUGACAAACGUGAUCUUAACUUGAAACAGUGAAUAGAUGUGAAUAAGUAUAAUUUGCAACCAAUGAGUUAGAGGGGGUAUUCCACUAGAUUGUUACAUACUUUCAAGUAUAUAAAUACAUAUACUAUAGCGAUAAGAUUUUUUGUAUUUGCUACAAACUAGCGUCAAAGUCAUCAUAGUUCCUAAGACUAUUUGAAUAAAAUGUGAAAACAUCUUUAUAAGUUAUUAUAAAUGGAAAAUAAAAGUUUGAGAUAAGCAUUUAGAGCAAA